AUGGCCUACGCUGCCAAAGGUCCGCUCUACCCGGUCGUCAACCACGACCCGAAGGCCGUCCACUUCCGUGGCCUCACGCUCGGACGUCUCGACCAGUUCGAAGGCGGCAACUUUGCCAACAUCACGAGCGUCCUCUUCAAGCACCGCCUCGAUGACAAGGACCACGUCUCGCUCGAAUACUGGUCGUCGCCCGGUCGCGAGAAGACGCCCUUCAAGGAGGCCAUCCGCAAGCCGUUCAAGCACGCCGCCAAGGGGCUCAGCCUCGGGCCUUCCUGGACCAACCACUGGUUCCGCAUCACGCUGCACGUCCCGCCCGAGUGGAGCGAGGCCGAGCGCGUCCAGUUCGAGUUUGACCCGAGCUGCGAGGCCAUGAUCUUCGACACCGAGGGCUGCCCGAUCCAGGGCAUCACUGGCGGGUACGGCGGCGACCGCCGCGUCGAGUUCAUCUUGCCCAAGGCCAAGAGCGGCACCUACAAGUACUACGCCGAGGUCAGCUGCAACGCCAUGUUCGGCAACGGGCUCGGCGAGACGAACGGCCCGCCCGACAUGAACCGCUUCUUCCGUCUCGAGAGUGCCGACCUCGUCGUGCCCCGCAUGGAGGCGUGGCGCCUGCUCUGGGACUUCCGCGUCAUCAAGGACCUCGCGCGCGAGCUCCCCGAGCGCUCACCGCUCGGCAACAAGUGCCUCGAGAUCGGCAACGCCAUCAUGAACACGUUCCGGGCGUCGGACCUGUCGACGAUCGCGACCUGCCGCAAGAUGGCGAGCGCGCUCUUUGGCGGCGAGGAGUGGGAGAAGGAGGGCGCAAAGGUGUACGGCAAGGACCCGGUCAAGGACGGCGUCAGCAGCUGGGCGAUCGGCAACUGUCACAUCGACACGGCCUGGCUCUGGCCUUUCUCGGUCACUCGCCAAAAGACCGCUCGCUCGUGGAGCACGCAGCUUGACCUCAUGAAGCGCUACCCCGAGCACCGGUUCGUCGCGAGCCAGGCGCAGCAGUUCAAGUGGCUCGAGGAGGACUAUCCGCUCCUGUUCGACAAGAUCAAGGGCAAGGUCCAGGACGGCCAGUUCCUCCCCAUCGGCGGCAUGUGGGUCGAGUCGGACCAGCUCCUCCCGUCGGGCGAGUCGCUCGCCCGCCAGUUCAUCUACGGACAGCGCUACUUCGCCUCGCGGUUCGGCGCCCCGUGCCGUGUCUUCUGGCUCCCCGACUCGUUCGGCUACAACUCGGCCGCACCUCAAAUCGCUCGCCUCGCCGGCCUCGACUUCUUCUUCACGCAAAAGACGAGCUGGAGCCAGUUCAACGAGUUCCCGAACACGAGCUUCCGGUGGCAGGGCCAGGACAAGACGCAGAUCGCCGUCCACCUGUGCCCGCAGAACACGUACACGGCCCAAGCGUCGGUCUCGGACGUCCUCAACACGUUCCGCAACCACAAGUCGCUCCAGUCGGGGGCCCAGACGGGCCUCCUCACGUACGGCAACGGCGACGGCGGCGGUGGCCCGCUCGCGCCCAUGCUCGAGAACCUGCGCCGGUGCCGCGCCGUGUCCAACGACGCCAACCAGGGCGGCGGCGAGUUGCCCAAGGUGCACAUGGGCGCGACGGUCGAGCAGUUCUACGAGGACAUGUUGAGGAGGAGCGACGGCGGCAAGCAGCUGCCGACCUGGACCGGCGAGCUGUACCUCGAGCUUCACCGCGGUACGGCAACGUCGCACGGCUCGAUCAAGCGCCACAACCGCCUCACCGAGGUCCUCCUGCACGACCUCGAGUUCGUCGCGACGCUCGCCUCGACUUUCGGCGGCAAGACGGCCAAGGGCAAGGCGUACGUGUACCCCAAGGACGAGCUCGACAGCCUGUGGGAGCGCGCUCUCCUGUGCCAGUUCCACGACGUGCUGCCCGGGAGCGCCAUCGGCCUGGUCUACGACGACGUCGAGCAGAUCUACGCCGACAUCACCAAGCAGGGCGUCUCGCUUCUCGACAAAGCGCUCGCGGCGCUCGUCCCGUCGUCGUCGGCCGCGCUCGACAGCUUUGCCGCCGGCGACCGCCUCGUCGCGCUCGACACGUCGGCCGUCUCUCGCCGCCAGCUCGUCAAGGUCCCGCUCGCCGCUGCUCGUGCGCUCGACGAGGCGGCUGUGCAGCGCAGCGCCGACGGCGGCGCGUGGGUCCUGUUCGAGGCCAAGGGUGCGACGGCGCAGGUCGUGCACGCCGAGCCCGUCAGCGUUGCCGAGGUCGAGGAGCUUACGUCGCGAGCUCGCGCCGUCGGCGACGACUUUGUCCUGUCGACCCAGAAGCUCAAGGUCACGGUCUCGCGCGAGGGUCGCAUCACGAGCAUCUACGACAAGGAGCUCGAGCGCGAGCUCAUCCUCGAGGGCCGCACGGCCGGCUUCGUCAUCUUCCAGGACCAGCCGCUCAACUGGGACGCAUGGGACGUCGACGCCUUCCACCUCGAGACCAAGCGCGAGGUCAACGCCUCGAGCGUGCACGUCCUCGAAGACGGUCCGCUCCGCAGCUCGCUCCAGGCCACCUACCACCUUGGUCAGAGCGUCGUCAAGGCCACCAUCUCGCUCGACGCCGCCGCACCGAGCACGAGCGCCAACGCCCUGAGCCUCAUCCGGUGGGACGUCCACGUCGACUGGCACGAGCGUCACGAGUUCCUCAAGUGGGAGAUCCCGCUCGCGAUCACCCCAACCGGCGACGUCGCCACGUACGAGAACCAGUUCGGCUUCUGCCAACGCUCGACGCACCGCAACACGACGUGGCAGCGCGCGCAGUUCGAGGUGUGCGGGCACCGCUUCGCCGACGUGUCCGAGUUCGGGUACGGCGCGGCCCUCAUCAACGACAGCAAGUACGGCCACGCGUGCGAGGGCAGCACGCUCCGCCUGUCGCUCCUGCGAGCGGCGACCAUCCCGGACGCCGAGCAGGACCAGGGCACGCACAAGUUCUCCUUUGCCGUCCUCCCUCAUCGCGGCGCUUUCGCCGAGUCGGACGUCCCCUCGGUCGCUCGCGCCUACAACUACCCGCUCCACCUUCGCCGCAUCCCCUCGUCGCCCAAGAACGCCCUCUCGCUCGUCGUCGCCGACGCCAAGCACGCCUCGCCCUUCUCGCUCUCGGGUGACCGCAACGUCGUCCUCGACACGAUCAAGCGCGGCGAGGACGACCACUUCUCGGUCAAGGCCAACGAGCAGACGGUGAUCCUGCGGCUCUACGAGGCGUACGGUGGCGCGGGCAAGAUCAAGGUCGUCUCGAGGCUCGCCGAGGGCAAGAAGGUCGUCAAGGCAGAGGUCGUCGACCUCCUCGAGCGCCCGCUCAAGGACCUCUCCCUCUCGACCUCGACGGCCGGUCCCGCCGGUCAGCAAGAGAUCGUCGCCGACGUGCCGCGCUUGCGCGCCUUCGAGGUCCUCACCGUCCGCCUCACGCUCUCCUGAGUACACAUCUCGGCCUUGCGCGCCGUCACCCCCUUCCUCCCUCUCUCGCCCUCUCCUCGCAGCCUGUCGAUUCUCCUCCUUCGCCGUCUUGUCGUGCAAAAACGUUUCCGUGUC